CCUCUGUACAGUCUGCAGGCGGCUGGGGGGAUCCUGUUUUUCCCGAUCGCGGCUAUGAGCAAGCGGAAGCAGGUGUCGUACGUGCGGCCAGCCGAGCCGGCGUUCCUGGCCCGCUUCAAGGAACGGAUCGGCUACGAGGAAGGGCCCACGGUAGAAACCAAGAGAAUCCAGCUUCAGCUCCCAGGUGAAGAUGGUGAUCACAGUGACAAAGAAGAUGAACAGCCCCAAGUGGUGGUUUUAAAAAAGGGAGACCUAUCAGUUGAAGAAGUCAUGAAAAUUAAAACAGAAAUAAAGGCUGCCAAAGCAGAUGAAGAACCAGCUUCAGCUGAUGGAAGAAUUAUGUAUCGAAAACCAGUCAAGCGUUCCUCAGGUGAAAAAUAUUCCGGUUUAACAGCAAGCUCAAAAAAGAAGAAGACAAAUGAAGAAGAUGAAAUAAAUAAGCAGGAUUCAGUUAAAAAGAACUCACAAAAGCAAAUCAAAAAUAGUAGCCUCCUUUCUUUUGACAAUGAAGAUGAAAAUGAAUAAGUAUAAAUAAAUAUUUUGGACUUAGUCUUCUUUAAGAACAUACGGGGUAUUUUUUUAAAUAACAUCUUUUUUUCCUAUUAUAAUACAAGUUCAGGGACUUCCCUGGUUGUCCAGUGGUUAAGACCUCAUGCUUCCCCUGCAGGGGGCACAGGUUCGAUCCCUGGUUGGGGAACUAAGAUUCCAUAUGCUGCACGGUGUGGCCAAAAAAUAAAAAUAAAACAUUAAAAGAAAAAAAAAAGAUAAUACACGUUCACUGGAGAAAAUUUAGAAAAUACAGAAAACAUUCAGUAAGAUAAAACAAAUCUAUCCAUCAAUACCCUUUUGACCUGAACUGCUAACUCUCUAGACAUUAACUACCACUAACAUUUUGUUAUUUCCUGUGUGUGGGAUGUGUGUGUAUGUAAAUUAUAUUUUUCUAAACAAAAUUGUGAUUGUAUUCUGUAUGUUCUCAGUCCUGCUUCUCACUUGACAUUGUAUCAUGAGCAUUUUUCUAGGUCAGUAAAAUUCAAAAUCCUGACAUUAAUAGCUACAGAGGAUUUUGUAAUUAAACAGAUCCUGUGUUUUAUCUUCUUCUUCAGCAGAACCUCACUUUGGAUGAGGGAGAUGAUCACGUGCCUAGUUACCAAUACUUCCCCAGCUCCUGCUAAGGGUAGCCGUGUGACAGCUCUGGUAAGUUAAGAGAUACAAGUGGAUCUUGAACAAGUAAGGAUCUAAUACAGGUGACCAUGAUACAAGUUAGGAUCUACUGAAUCACAUGGUGACUAUUAUUGAUUACACGGUUAAAAAAAAAAAGAUACAAGUGGAAGUCUGCUUACUAGGUUUUUUGAUACAAAAGGACAGAUUUGGCAAGCAUGAACCGUUGUCCUGUCUCCAUCCUGCCUGGAGCACAAACAUGAAACCAAGAAGUACCAGAGCCAUUUUGGGGCAUGAAGAAGACAGCCACUUGUCGUGGGUGGUACAGUGGAAAGACUCGAGGAGCUUGGAUCGUGAUGGCAUGCCUGGAGGAGCUGCUGUACUAGCCUUAGACUUUCUGAUUCAUGAGGAUAAACACCCUCUUAGUUAAUCCUCUGUCAGGUUUCUGUUACAUGCAGCCUAAUGAUACAGUGGUAGAAUGUGUGUGCACAGAAACCUCCAAGUGUAUUUCUGAUGAUUUCCUUAGAAUGAGUUGCUAGAAGCGGAAUUACUAGAUCAAAGUAUUUGUAUAUUUCUAAAGCUUUUCGUGCUUUCUUUCAAAUUGCUUUCUACGUGGUUUUUACCAUUUUAUUCAUACCAUCUACAAUAGCCCACGUCACCUCAUCCAUGAUGCAUUCAAUUUGAUGCUUUGAAAAUGGUGUUUAAUAGUUAUAUUUAACUGGCAUUUUCUUUGACCAGGGAAGCUAAACUGUUUUUCAUGUUACCUAAUAAUUUUCCUCAUUACUGCAAGUCAGCCGAAACUGGAGACUUGUCAAGAUCCCAUUCUUCACCAGCCAGAAAUUAGGCAUUUCAGAUUCCAUGUUAUGAAUUUGGUGCCACAUCUAUCUUUCAGCCAUUUUCAGACCUAGUGUAAAGAAUCCUCAAAAGUGAUUCAUGUGAGUGGGCUAGUGUGAGUCCUGAAAUAGGCUCUCUAAAUUAUACAAACUAGUCCCGAAGCCAUUCCUAGUACUAUCUUCAAUGUAUACUCACUUGUAACAAGCCAGCGUUUUUUCUAAUCUGUAUCAUUGCUAUAUCUAUUCUUGUACCAACACCCCACUGCUUUAAUGACUGUAAAUUUUAGUAUGUCUUAGCAUUUACAGGUGGGAAUCUUGAGGGCAGGGCCUUUGUCUUACCUCUGUAUCCUCAGUACCCAGAACAGUACGUAACAUAUUAAGAGCAAAAUAAAUAUAGUUAGAAUAAA